CAGGGCCCAGAAGACGCGUCCACACGAAGUUAGCUCGCGAAGAUGGCGACGUCAGCAGCAGCUGGCUCAUCUUUGAGCGUGUGUUGUCCCGUCUGCUACAGAGAAUACAGUGACAGUGAUACUGAUCUUGUUCCACGGAUUCUUCACUGCGGACAUUCCUUCUGCACAGGUAAUAAUGGGCCACACGCCAGCCACUGGGCUGGAGGUACACCACUCAGUUACGUCUUUGCAGAGUGUCUGGGACGCCUGCUGGAGGUGGAGGGAGAGGACAGCGACGGUGGGUCGAGGGAUGAAGGCUACGGUUUGCAUUUGGAGCUGCUCACUAACUAUUGGGGGAGGCGGAUCCUUGGUUCACACACGCAUCACCACCACUGCCCUGGUCCCUCAGAGCAGGUCACGUGCCCGGUGUGCAAGAGCACUAACCACAUUCCGGGGGGAGAGGUGGCGAACCUAACCAAGAACUUUGCACUGCUUGGUGUCCAAGAAGGAGUGGAGAAGACCACCCAGCACUACUGUCAGGAGCACGAGCACGAGCAACGCAUCUACUGCCAGGAGUGCCAGCAGCUGGUGUGUGCCUACUGCCAGUUGUACGGCCGACACAAGUCUCACAAGUGUUUGAUUGCUACCGAAGCAUGUGAGCCAGCGGUAAAAGCAGUGCGAGAGCUGCAUGCGGAGGUGGAGACGCAGCUUAAGGAGUUGGAGGCUGGGGAGGCAGCAGUUGUCGCCAGUAUCCAGCAGCUGGAGCGCAGGAGAGAGCGCAGCGAGAUGCGUGUCCAUCUCCACUAUGGGAAGUUUAUAGACGCUUUGCAACAAAAGAGGGCAAGCGAAGUGGAGAAGAUCCAGGCCUGGUCGGACGAGCAAGCCUGCAUACUGCGGGCCCAACUAAGGUCCCUGAGUGGAGCUCGCAAGACGUGCAGGAGACUGUUGGAAGACUGCCGCAGAAUCUCAGACUGUGAUCCUCUUCAAGCUCUCUAUGAGCAGGAACCUCUUGCUAACAGAGCUGAGGAUGUCAAAGCCGCCUGCAAGGGGCUUCCCCAUGAGCCAAUCGUUACUCCCAGCCUCCACUGUGAGCUGCUGCCUGGUUUUGCAGAGCAUUUGCAGCCACUGCUGAGUGCCUUGUCUGUCAAGAUGAGCCUAGACCCCACAGAGCACAGGGAGGAAGAUGAAGAGCUGCCUAGUGCAGCAGAGCUGGCAGGGUCUCUGCUUCAUGCACAAGACACUGGGCAUCUGCCUGGGGGUCCUGGACCUAAACUGGACUCUGCUUUUCCUCUGGAUCCAUCUCCGUCUGUGGCCACUUCUUCCCCUCCAGCCUCUUACUGCACCCCUCGUGACUACAGCAUUGUCAGUACUCCUCCAUACAGUGAAGGUGCCCAGUCGCCUGCAUCCUCAUCUGCCUCAGACACCUCCCUCGCUGACCAAGCUGGUGGAGAGUUCAAAGACCUGCACCUGAGACCUCUAGUUCCGCUGUGGCCCUACCCCCACCUUCUUCCCCACUCCCACCACCUUCUUCCCCACUCCCACCAACUGACCCAUGAGGAAGAUCUGACAGAUGACGAUCAAGACUUGCUGCUGGAGCACACAGUGGCACACUCAUCUCUCCCUGUGCCUAGUAUCCAACAUACUGCUGGGAGCUUCUCACAUGUUCAUUCAGCUCUGGAGGAUGAUUCUCAUGAGCUGAAUGUGAGCAUUGCAGGCCAGGGGCUGCACAUUUCUGUCUCCAGCUCAGCGUGGCCAUCUUCCUACCCCUCCAUCCUGCUGGACAGUGGAGAGGCAACUACAGCCCACGAUUCUGACUAAUAAUUAUUCACAAAACUGAUAAUCUUAUGAUCUGUAUGUAAUAUACAAUCAUUAUCUUUGGCUGUGUGUGAAAGGAGAGAGAAAACCAUGACUUGGGUUAUGAGGUGCGCCUUUCCUCCCAUACAGCCAGCCAUAGGUCAGCAGCCAUGCUAGAAAACUCAGCAGUCCACCCAAGACCUUCUCUGGCAGGGAGUGAAAGUAUAAAGAAGUGGUCAUCGUCAUAGCAAUCCAUAUGGUCAUAAGAGCAGCUGCAAAAAGUUCCAGACCAUGAGCCACUGGGGUGCAGGUUAGGUGUAUGUAAGGCAGCUGUUCAUGGGCCAAACUCAACUUGCUCACUAUCCUCUCUUGCCGCCCAAGACUUUCCAUAUACGUUCCCCAAACUUCCCAUCUCAACCCAGCAACCUCCUCAGUCAGAACAUACACACAGUACGUCAGGAGAAAGACAUGUCCAGAGAUGUCGAAGCCGUGCCAGCUACCCUUCCCCUGCACGCAUUCUCUCCUGCCUGAUCCUGACCCAUCGGAACAUGUCCCUAAUGCUGAAUCUACAAACACAAAUGCAUUUGUGACUAGGAACCAUAUGCAGUGCGCCACGGCAAGUCGAGCAAGGUGACCCAACACCUCUUUCCACCGCAGCCCAGUGUACAGAGAGGCAGUGAGGGUAACGGUAGGCAGCAGACACAGUAGAGACCACCCCCAGCUCCACUUCACCAGUAGAGAGUUGAACACGUUGUUUUUGUCCGCAAGAGAAGGACUGUGAGGGCUGAGCUCCAGCGCCGACAGUGCUGACAGCAGUAGAACACAUAUCAUGAGAAUUGGGGCCUUCUUCGACACUGGGAGGUGAACAGAAUAAUUCAGGGACUUUGUCACAAAGGAACAAGACGCCGCCAUUUGGAUCGAUUUACGCGUCACGUUAGGGCGUGCACUGUUUCCUUGGCUGCUAUAUACCAACUUUUUGCCCACUCAAGGAAAAGAAAGAAGAAAGUUGUCUUCGGGGCGAAGAGGCAGAGAGAAGGCUCGCCAGAGUGUGCCCGAAACAUGAGUGAAGCCAGGGUGGACUAUGAUCAGCUGCUGGAGGCUCGAGAUUACAUCCAGAGCCAGACUAGUGUCAAGCCCGAGUUUGGAGUCAUCUGUGGUUCUGGUCUGGGAGGACUGGCUGAGCAGCUAGACGCAGAGCCUGCGCCUCGUGUUGUCAGCUACAGCGAUAUUCCUCACUUCCCUGCAGUUUCAGUUAAGGGACAUGCAGGGAAUUUGGUAUUCGGCUGCUUCUCAGGCCAGCCUACAGUCUGCAUGCAAGGCAGGUUUCACUGCUACGAGGGCUACUCUGCGCAGCAAGUGACAAUGCCGGUUCGUGUGAUGCACCUGCUGGGAGUGAAAACACUACUAGUUACCAAUGCCUCUGGUGGACUCAACCCUGCCUUCAAUAUAGGAGACAUCAUGGUCAUUAAGGACCAUAUCAACCUGGCAGGGAUGACUGGUGUCAACCCUCUCAUUGGGCCCAACGACUCCAGGUUUGGCCUCCGUUUCCCGGCCCUCACAACUGCAUAUGACAAGCAGCUGAGGCAGUUGAUCCUCCAGACAGCACAGGAGCUGGGAAUGGGCCAGUACAUGAGGGAAGGUGUGUACAUCCACAUCACUGGGCCUAACUAUGAGACACCAGCUGAAGCACGCUUCCUGCACAAGAUCGGGGGAGACACUGUUGGGAUGAGCACGGCCCCUGAAGUGAUUGUCGCUAAGCACAGUGGAAUGAGAGUUUUGGGUCUGUCCCUUGUGACCAACAAAGUCGUCUUGGACAAUGAUAGUGAGGCAAUCCCACCCACUCAUGAGGAAGUCAUGGUGACAGGAAGGAAAAGAGCAGAGGAAAUGCAGAAGUUAGUGAGGACCACACUCAAUAAGUUGAGUACACAGGGACCAGCACGUCCAUAAAUGAACAUGUGAUACGUCACAAAAAAUAUAGGGACUCUGCUAAAUAGGACAUAAUAAUACAAUAUGAUAUAAUAUAGCAGUUUGGAGUGCCUUUUGUAGCGUACAUUACAUGAUGCUCCUAGUCUGAGCAGUGUUUGCACUGUACAACUUGUUUCCUAUGAAAGACAGUUUGUAAAAAUGUCAUCGU